AUGGCUGGGAAAAAUAUAAAUAAAAUCCGGAACCUAGUAAAUUUUUCGCCUGCUAUAAAAUCAGCCAAUGACAUCCAUAAAGAGAUGAAUAGAAAGGUGUUAACAAGGGGUGAAGAAGCAAAGUUUGAUAAACCCAAUGCUAUUAUUCAUAGUGCUAUUAUUGCUCCAAAAAAGUACCCAUCCGAGCUCAUGAGUGAUGAACAAUUGGAUAUUUUAGAAGGUGCGAUUUUAGAUGCCAUUGAUGAAAUGGAAGUGGGCCCACAGCCUAAGAGACCACAGUUCCUAAGUCAUUCAAAGGCCAACGGAAUAUUCACAGUUGAAUAUUUCAAACAAAGAAGUUUCUUUUGGUUGUCGAAUACACUUAAAAAGUUGAAACUUUGGGAAGGCGCCGAACUAAAGUUGUUCAAACCCGGAAAUGAGUUUGUCAUGGUAAUCUUACCUAAAAUAUAUCCAAAGCAUUUAUUUUCUUUGGAGGAGUUGACUGCUCUAGAGAAUGAAAUAUUGAAAACCAUUGACAAAAUACCUCCUGAUUCGUUUGUGCCGAAAUUCCUGUGUUGUGAAAAGAAAUAUUGUUCUCUUAGAAUCAAUUGCUGCAACAUGGAGAGCGUUCAAUGGCUGAAAACUACUAUGGAAAAUUUGACUUGGAACGGUCCAGAAGUUUUUUCGGUUGAAAGUGAGAAUUUACCUAUACUAAUUGAACUAAAACUGAUUAUUCCAGGAGAGCGUGGUGUGAAAGAAUUAAUUCUUGAGCGUUUGGUACGUCAGAACAAAGGAAUAAAUAUCAGUGAUUGGCAAUUCCUCUCUCAAACCUUUAAAAAAGGUAAAUUGAAGAUCUCCAUGUUGGCAAAACAAGAAGAUGUAGAUUCGUUGGAAAAAGUAGGAUUCAAACUGUUCUACAACUUUGAACAAAUCGAUGUUGUCCGUGUGAAACAAUUCAACCCAACAAAACCGUUACUGACAUAUAAAGAAGAACAAUUGAAACCAAGAACUGCAGAAGUUGUUGAACUAAAUCUUGAAGAAUCAGACAAUAAUUGUACUGAAUCUUCAACCAUAAACAUUGAAGAAGAAGAAGAUGAUGAUGAUGUUAUAACCAUUGACGAUAUGGACGAUUUAUCAGCUAUUCUUGAAAAAGUAGACGAAAUAGAAAAUGAUAUUGAGGAACAGAAAUUAGGUCAAGUAGAGUAG